GGUAGAGGAGCCUGCGUGUAGCAGGACCUAGCGUUUGUUGUUGGGUGCGUAGUGGCCAACUCUUUCAUGGAGAAAAGACUUAUAAGGCAGAUCUCGUUUCAAGAGAUGCGUGAACAAUUGAAGAAUGCAGGUAAUUCAGAGGCCGAUGCUGAGAUGUACAUGAAGUUCAUGAAAAAUCAUUGCUGCUAUGAGGCCAUUCCAACCAGCUGUAAACUGGUCAUAUUUGACACAACACUACAAGUGAAGAAAGCCUUUUUCGCUCUUGUAGCAAACGGCUUGCGAGCUGCACCUCUCUGGGAUAGCAAGACACAGAGAUUUGUGGGUAUGCUGACUAUAACAGAUUUCAUCAACAUUCUCCAUCAUUACUACAGGUCCCCAUUGGUUGAAAUGAAUGAGCUGGAGAGGCAUCAAAUUGGAACAUGGCGAGAUGUGUAUCUGCAAUACUCCAACCACUGUCUUCACAGUAUCACUCCAGACGCCAGCCUCUUCGACGCCAUCUAUUCCCUACUGAGGUAUAAGAUCCACAGAUUGCCGGUUAUCGAUCCUGUGUCCGGAAAUGUCUUACACAUUCUCACGCACAAGCGAAUCCUCAAGUUUCUCCAUAUAUUUUACUCUACACAGAAAGAGACAGUCCCAAAACCCUGCUUCAUGCAGAAGACGAUCCAGGACGUUGGGAUCGGGACAUUCCGGAACAUUGCCACGGUCCAGCAGACGGCCUCAGUCUACGAUGCCCUGUCUGUGUUUGUAGAGAGGAGGGUCUCCGCACUGCCCGUAGUAAACGAACAAGGCAAGGUGGUGGCUCUCUACUCCAGAUUUGAUGUGAUUAAUCUGGACGCCCAGAAGACAUACAACAACCUGAACAUGUCCAUGGAGGAGGCCAUCCGACGGCGCUGCUGUUUCGUCGAGGGCGUCAUCAAGUGUCUCCCCGACGAGACCCUGCAGACCAUCAUCGAUCGCAUCAUUAAGGCUGAGGUCCAUCGGCUGGUCCUGGUGGACAAAGAGGAUGUGUGCAGGGGGAUCAUCUCUCUCUCCGACCUGCUCCAGGCCAUGGUGUUAACCCCGGCAGGUAAUGACGCCCUUUUAGCCUCUUAGCACCUGUGGGAGUCAGGCACCCUUGCCCUAUCUACAUCUUCCACCGCCUCUAGCCCCACCUCCCUGGCCCAGGUAGGUGCACCCUUUUUCUCUCCUCUCCCCAAUCCCCCCAGCUCACUGACUGGCUGUCAGACACGCUUCUUUGACCCCCCACAACAGCUGCUGCUGCUAUACGUUGCUCCCUGUUUCUCUGAGCUUCAGCCACAUAUCAAUCCCGAAGCACCAACAUGCAAGUGGACACACACACACACACACACACACACACACACACACACACACACACACACACACACACACACACACACACACACACACACACACACAGAGACAGACAGGGUGAUGAUGAUGACCUCUGACCUAUCAUUCCCUGCUUGCCUGAUGCAUGGGGCGCAGGAUAAAUCCAAUGAUUUUCAGAAGGACUGGAAUCUUUCCAAGCCUUUGCGGUUGACAUUCUAUGGACUAGCUGCAGCUAAAAAGGCUAAGUUACAGUAUGGCACUAGAGGAAUGUGGUGAUGUAUCUGCAUAAAGAUUUGAUGAUAUCCAAUUUGAUCUGCGUGUCAAAUGGCACCCUAUUCCGUAUAGUGUAGUAUACUACUUUUGACCUUUGUCGAUAGGGCUCAGGUGAAAAAAAAAGUAAAAAAAUAGUUUGAGGAAUGGCUCAUAGGAGCACGGGCCUAUCUCCUGUUUCUGUAGCUUGAUGGACAAGUACAGCCCCUGGACAGGACACUAGUCUAUCUCAGGUCAGUAGUGCACUAUAUAUAGGUAAUAGGCUGCCAUUUGGAAUGCAACCAUGUUGUUGUAAAUUUGCAUCUCUCAGAUUGGUUUGUGUCUAUGGCAAGGAUCUGUGUGGAGUUUAUUAUCUACAUUUAUGCUGAUAUAAUGCACACAACCUUUUGUUAAUCAUAUGCUUUGGUUAUAAUCAUUCCAAUCUUUGAUCAUAUUGCAUCUCCACUGUUGUUUUUUC